AUGACGCCAUCUCCAUUCGGACGACUGGGCAAAUUGCCUAUCGAGCUCCGGAUGACAAUAUAUGAAAUCUUGCUUGGGAUGCGACCCGCAUCCAUAAAGCUUCUGUGUUGCUCUCGAGCGAUCUACGAAGAGAUCACCAAGCGUCUUUACGACACAAUGGACAUCCAUCUGUGGCCACAUGUUCAAGAACCGUGGAUAGACAUGUCUUGCAGGCAACUUCGAUUGCGUUGGGGGAUAGACAACCACAACAAGCAUCGAUUUUCGAGGCUCCCCUACCACAAGACCCAUCUCUACAUCCAUAUCUAUGCACCAGAUCGGCAGGACCCCGGGCAGAUUGUUCUGCUAUGGAAGAGGAUCUCCCAUCUGAUGGAACUUCUCGAGGGCGCUGCAAUCCGGUCUCUCACGAUCCACCUGCAGGAGCACAAGGGAUGCGACUGGCAGGAGGAGGGGCGCGCCGUCGAGAGCAUCGAUUACCCUGGCAGCCCGCGGCCCGAUCACAAUAUAGUGUUUCUGCCAUUUUGUACCCUGUCCAAGGUGAGAAGCCUGCAGGUGAUCCCUGCGUCGCCUCGGAUGGACGACGCGAUCGACUGGGGGCUGAUAAACUACGGUCGCGAGUUUAUCCUGCACAGUGGAUACGCAAACUACAACGACGGCCCGCUGAGUGGCGACUCGCAGUAUCGCGAUUUGGCCCGUCUCUUCGACGACAUCACGGCAGUGAUCCUCGAUACCGGUUUCUUUCUGGAUACUCGAUUGGAUCUUCUCCCAGGGCUUACUGCGGGCAGGAUCCGUCUGGCCCGCGCUCGGGAUUGGUUGCCAGACCAGGGCAACCGUCUUAUACUCGAUCCUGUCAAUCGAAAGGUGCUUCGGAGGAUUCGCAGGUGUCCAGAGUCAGUCAGCCGCCACGACCCUGACUUGAUAAAGCUCAUGGUUCGUCACUGGCACCAUUGGAACCUAUAUGUUGAUUCUCGUCACGGCUGGGACCGUUUCUUACGAGCAUACUGGGAUGUGCCACUCUGGGAGCAGUUCUACGCGGAUGGGCUUCCGCCCUUCACCCCAGACAACGUGUACAACUAUUGGAAGGCGGUUCCGACAAAUCCCGACCAUGGGUGGACUAAUCGAGGCUGGUUUGAAGAUUGCGGAGAAUUUGAAUUCUGUCUCUGGAGCUACCUGCACCGGAAUUGGGGUCAAGAAAGCGUCGAGUUCCGCUGGCGCAACUUUGAACGAUACUGGUGCACAGACUGUCGCCACAUGGGAUUUCAGGCCGGUUGCGAUGGGGACUGUGAGCAGUUUCGUCUAUUUGACUGGUUGCCAAAGACUUCGUCUAAAUGGUUCCUGUGA